CAGGUUUCCGAAGGUAUAAAAGGCAAGGGGUGCACAGACACACAUCAGUUGAUCAGUAAAGUUGUGAUACUUAGCAUUAUGAAGGUUUUAGCAGUUAUCCUGGCACUCUGUGUCGGCACAUCUUCUGCUAUUUCAUGUGCGGACUUACACCCUGGUAAAAAUGCCAUGUGUUUAGCAUCAUGCGAGGGAUUUGGCGUCCCUUCGUAUCAAGCAUUGGCAAUUUACGCAUGUGCUGGAACCAAAUGCUGUGUUGAAGAAGAACAAACAACAACAACAACGACAACAACUGUUGCUCCUACCACUGUUCCCACAUCUACUAGUACCGCCGUGCCAACAACAACUGUUGCUCCUACCACUGUUCCCACAUCUACUAGUACCACCGUGCCAACAACUACAACCCCAGAACCAGCUCCCCCUGUUGAACAACAGUGUGGAGUACAGCCAGAAGAUGUUACUUUUAGGAUUUUGGGUGGCUCCCCAAGCAAAAAGUGUGACUGGCCGUGGCAAGUAUCCAUUCGAGGAAGAUCCGGUGAAGAUGUUGAACUCGAUCCUUCAAGUUCUAACAGCGUCCCCUUCUGUAAUGGUGUCAUAAUUGAUGAAAACCAUGUUGUUACAACCGCUGCUUGUGUCAUCUUAGCUACUGCCUUUGCCAGUGGACCGGCUGAAGAUAAUAUAUUGGUGAUUGCUGGAGAAUACGACACACAGUCAGCCGAUUUUACUAAAGUUGGAGAUGCAUUUACACCAAAUGAAGUCGGGAAGGGAGUAUCUAAAGUCACUAUUCAUCCAGAAUAUUUUAAGACUGACGCCUCGACCUUUACUUCUGGGGACCUUGCUUCUGAAACGGACGAAACGGAAGCCAAUAAUUUAGCUAUUUUGAAAUUGAUAUCACCACUGGAGUUUGGAAGAUGUAUUCGUAAAGCUUGUAAAUCGGACGAGUUAAGUUGGAAUACGAAGGAUUGCGUUAUAGCUGGAUGGGGCACUUACUCUGAAGGUUUGGGAGCUGAAUUAACUACCAAGUUGUUAACCGCUGAAGUUGAGUUGAUAAAACCGGAAAUAUGGAAUCUUGUUAAUAAGCUUUGUGAUGAUUCGGAUACUCUGAUUAUCAAACCGCUAACAACAUUCGCAAUAUUCAAAGAUAGUGCAAUAAAUGGCAGUACUUGCAUGAGUGAUAAUGGUGGUAUGGUUGUCUGUAAGAACGGAGAGGGCGGAUGGGCAUUGGAGGGUCUCAUCAACAGACCAUCAUUCGACGCGUGUUCACCCGGAGACCGAUUUCUUGUAACAGAUAUAAGCGCUGCUCAAAUGUGGAUAAACAAUGUGACCAUGGUGUAGGUGACUCACCAAUAAGAUGGCCUCCUUCAUUUAUUUUCAGAGAUAAAAAGUUUCAAGCCUU